UUUUUCGGAAGUGGUUUGCCAUUGCCUCCUUCCUAGGGCGGAACCCAGCUGGCGGUCACAGGAAAUCGAGUCUCUUCCAUUGCAUUGCGUCCAGCAACCGGCAACCGAUUCCCGUUUUUCCCAUGCAAGGCGCUGCCAGCAUUUUUCCUCCCACCGGGUAUGAUGCUGUUCCUAUCCAGUCCAGUGUGGUUUUAUGUUCCUGCUCAUCUCCAUCAAUGGUGAGGAACCAGGUGGAUUCCAGCCUUCAACCUGUUGCUGCUGCCUGUGGCAGCAGACAGGAACUGAAUAUGGAGAGCACCUUGCAACAAGCUCCACAGCCUCGAAAGAAACGCCCUGAGGACUUUAAGUUUGGGAAGAUUCUUGGGGAAGGAUCUUUUUCCACAGUUGUCUUGGCCAGAGAAUUGACCAACUCCCGAGAAUAUGCCAUUAAAAUUCUAGAGAAGCGUCACAUCAUAAAAGAGAACAAGGUCCCCUACGUGACCAGGGAGAGAGAUGUGAUGUCCCGCCUAGAUCACCCUUUCUUUGUGAAGCUCUACUUCACAUUUCAGGAUGAAGAAAAGCUCUAUUUUGGCCUCAGUUAUGCUAAAAAUGGAGAGCUUUUAAAAUACAUCCGAAAGAUUGGUUCAUUUGAUGAGACAUGUACUAGGUUUUAUACUGCUGAAAUUGUGGCUGCAUUAGAGUACUUGCAUGGAAAGGGAAUUAUCCAUAGGGAUCUGAAGCCAGAGAACAUCUUGCUAAAUGGAGAGAUGCAUAUUCAGAUUACAGACUUUGGAACAGCAAAAAUAUUGUCUGCAGAUAGCAAACAAGCACGGGCAAACUCCUUUGUAGGGACAGCACAGUAUGUGUCUCCAGAGUUGUUAACAGAAAAAUCUGCCUGCAAAAGUUCUGAUCUGUGGGCUCUUGGCUGCAUCAUAUACCAGCUUGUGGCAGGGUUACCACCAUUCCGAGCUGGAAAUGAAUAUCUUAUAUUUCAAAAGAUAAUCAAAUUGGAAUAUGAAUUCCCAGAGAAGUUCUUUCCCAAGGCAAAAGAUCUUGUAGAAAAGCUUCUGGUUCUUGAUGCUACCAAACGGUUAGGAUGUGAAGAAAUGGGAGGCUAUGACCCUCUGAAGGCCCAUCCCUUUUUCGAUUUCAUUACCUGGGAAAAUCUGCAUCAUCAAACACCGCCCAAGCUCACAGCCUACUUGCCUGCCAUGUCAGAAGAUGAUGAAGAUUGCUAUGGGAAUUAUGACAACCUUCUGAGUCAAUUCGGCUGCAUGCAAGUUUCCAGCUCAACCUCUUCUCAGUCACUAUCUUCCCCAGAAAUGUGUCCCUUGCAGACUUCUGGAAACAACAUAGAACAAUACAUUCACGACCUUGACAGCAAUUCCUUUGAGCUGGACCUCCAGUUCUCUGAAGAGGAGAAAAGGUUGCUGUUGGCAAAACAGGCUGGUGGGAACCCUUGGCACCAGUUUGUAGAAAACAAUUUAAUACUGAAAAUGGGGCCAGUAGACAAGAGAAAGGGGCUGUUUGCACGCCGGCGACAGCUGCUGCUCACUGAAGGGCCACAUCUGUACUAUGUUGAUCCUGUCAACAAAGUUCUGAAAGGGGAGAUUCCGUGGUCACUGGAACUCCGGCCAGAAGCAAAGAACUUCAAGACCUUUUUUGUUCACACACCUAACAGGACAUACUACCUGAUGGACCCAAGUGGGAAUGCUCAUAAAUGGUGCAAAAAGAUACAAGAGGUUUGGCGACACAGAUAUCACCAGAAUGCUGCGAAAUGAGACUGUCCCUCAAUGCCCCAUCUCACUCCUUUGCUGCUCGAGUGCCACGUGCUCCCGGACGGAGGACUCUUCCGAGCCCGGCUAACAUCCAGCUCCAGGGCCAGAGCUAGUGCUUUCUCUGAGGAAAAGCCCAGCCAGCGGAAUUCAGGGUUGCUUUGCUUGCUUUUGUGCUUCUGGUGGAGCUCCUACACUCGCCCACCCCACUCCCCCACGCCCACCUUCUGCUGACAUUGACUACAUUGGCUUCUGCUGCAAAUGAGUGGAGUUUGCAUUGCUGGCUUCGCAGUAGACCAGUUAAGGUAGCCAAGCCCAGAUCAUGUGGGGGCUGGAUUAUUACUGUGAUCUUCUGAUUUAUCAUGCAACUGUGUUUUGGGGAGCUUGGAAAUCUCUUUUCACGAGAAGUUGCCACCCUUGAUGCUGCUGCCAUCACUUUCCUUUCUAAUCGUUGGCUCUUUGGUAUCCAGCACUUGUCAUCACUCUGGGUAUAAAACCCACAAAAUUCUCCAGGUUGUGUCCAGUUGCAGGAUCUCCAAGGAUGGUACUUGUAAUUGCCUGCCUGCCUGCCUGCCUGCCUGCCUGCGUGCCUGCCUGCCUGCCUGCCUGCAAGAUGCACUCCGGCACAAGUGGAAAGUGAAAGGAAUGGUGAACAUGACACUUGAAAUCCUGGCAUUCUAGUAUCAGACGUUUUUAAAACAUGGAAUUUUAAUUUGAUGCAUUUACAUGUUUAACUGAGCAUACAAAGUUACCAGCAUGCUUUUAACUAAUACUAAAAGGUGAACUAGUUAGUACAAAAUUGUAUUGACGUAAUAAAUAGACUCUUCACUUUUUCA